AUCGAAUUUCCAGUACAAAUAAAAAUAAAUAAUUACUCGGCGUCUAUUUUUUUGUAACACACAUUGGUCAUAUAAUUAUCUCUUAAUAAAAUUAUUAUUGAAGAUGGAAAUAAACUGAUAGUAGCGUUUUAUGUAAGAAAAUGGCAUGAUUCACAUGCCACCUAUUUGAGGGCGGAGGUGGUGGAGCUUCACGCCACCGCAAUCGCCACCACCCCCAACCCCACCCAACCCCCAAUUCUCAUCUCCAUCAUUAGAUUCCACUUCCACUGCCCCUUUUUCUUUUUCCCCACCACCUAUACAUACAUUGUCCCUUGUAUGUAUCACCUUUCUCCCUUCCCUUCCAAUUCAAUCCGAAUUUCCUCAAUUGGGUUUCUCUCGUUCCUCGCCGUAAUCGAGAAAAACCCCAGCCGCAAAUCCCUCACCGGAAAAACAUGGGUAACAUAAGCAGCACCGGCGUGCACGGCCGGAGAAGGAACUCCACCCGCCGGAGCCACCCGCCGCCGCCGCCGCCGCAGGCUCCGCAGCCGGAGAUCACCGCCAACCGCUACGUGUUCGCGGCGGCGACGCCCUACCCCCCGUCGUCGCAGUACCCCAACCCCAACCCCAACGCGCCGCCGCCGUAUUACCAGUACCCAGGCUACUACCCGCCGCCGCCACCGGCUGCGAUGCCCAUGCCCCUCCCGGCGCCGUAUGAUCACCACCACCAUCCGGCGGCGCACGCCAAUUGGGUUAACGGUCGGUACCCCUACGGGCCCAUGAUGCAGGCGGCGGCGCCGCCCUAUGUGGAGCACCAGAAGGCGGUGACGAUUCGGAACGACGUGAAUUUGAAGAAGGAGACGCUGAGGAUCGAAGCCGAUGAGGAAAAUCCCGGGAAAUAUCUUGUUUCGUUCACGUAUGACGCCACUGUGGCGGGAAGCAUUACAAUAAUUUUUUUUGCGAAGGAGGGUGAAGAUUGUUGCUUGACUCCAAUCAAAGAAAGCUUGCAUCCGCCGAUCAAGGUGGAUUUUGAACAAGGUCUAGGCCAGAAAUUUAAGCAACCCUCUGGAACUGGGAUAGACCUUUCAAUGUUUGAGGAGGGAGAAUUGUUGAAAGACGGGGACAUGGACAUUUAUCCAUUGGCAGUCAAAGCAGAGGCAUCGACAGAGGGUCAAAAUGGAAAUUCUGACAACGGGUCUUCAAACUCCCAGAUAACUCAGGCGGUGUUUGAGAAGGAUAAAGGUGAAUAUCAUCUAAGAGUGGUGAAGCAGAUAUUGUGGGUGAACGGCAUGAGGUAUGAGUUACAAGAGAUCUAUGGAAUUGGAAAUUCUGUCGAGGGCGAAUUCGAUGAGAACGAUCCUGGAAAAGAAUGCGUUAUAUGCCUCUCUGAACCUCGAGACACUACUGUCCUCCCUUGUCGUCACAUGUGUAUGUGCAGCGAGUGUGCAAAAGUUCUGAGGUUCCAAACAAACAGGUGUCCGAUAUGUAGACAGCCAGUGGAGCGCCUUUUAGAGAUCAAAGUCAACAAUGGAGCCGAUGAAUAACUAAAAGAAAAAAGAAAAAUAGGUGAUGCUGCCGCUGGUUCUGUAAAGUUUUUGUUUGAUCUUAAAUCCUUUUUUACCUUCUUUCUUCGCUCCUUGUUUGUUUGUUUUGCUUCGUCUUCUUUCUCUCUUCCCAGCCUCGUCAUGCCCUACAAUUAUUUAGACUCUACUUAUAAGAUUGCUGUCUCAUCACUUAGGCAAAUGGAUGUUAUACAUAUAUUCAUUUCUAUCAAGAAUGAUUUUCAGAAGGUAUAUAAUGUAUGGCUUGUUGUUCA